AAAGGUAGAAAAUAAAAUAAUAAAUUGCAAUAUGAUUCAUUGUGUGGCUGCAAUAUAGAAAGUUAAUAUUUUUUUAUCUAAAGAUAUUCUGGUUUUUCCGGUAUAAUACUGGCACAGCGUAACACGUAUGACGUAAAUUGCACUAAUGUACGUCAUUCAAGUUAGUUUUCACUUGAAGUCAAAAUUUUUGAGAACGUUUUUAUGGAUGAUUUCUUGUCCAUAGAUACAAACAUACUGAUUGCCAUAAAGUAUAUAUCGUUAACUUUGCGAUAUCUUUGCUUUUUCAUCCACGAUCUUGUUUCGAUAAUAUCCAUAUGUAUUUACUAAUUCAAGUUUGUAUUUUUUAUACGUAAAUCCCGGUUCAACAUAAAAGACCAUUCACGCGAUGUUGCCGAGAAAGGAUAGCAUAGAAAGAGUAGACCACGCCGGUAUCGCGCGUCAAUUUCCUGGAUCGUAACAGUCCAGAUCAGCGAAUACCUCGGCGCGCUUGUAGAAUUAAAGCUGGAAAAGAGAAAAAAGCAAUUUCUUUCCCUCGACGAGCAUAGGGGCGUUCGGUGCGGUUCGCUCUCUCUGUGUGUGUGUGUGUGUGUUCGCGCCAGAGGUCCGGUCCUGACCUCAUAAAAUCGAGCUUGCGGUAAUUUGGCGAUUUAACGGUCCGUGAAACGCGACCAUAAGGCUCUCCGCGUGAAAAUUAGCCUUGAAGGGACCGCGGUCACUUCGCAAGUAAAUAAUCGUAAAAUGGGAGAGCCGUGAGAGACGUGAGAGAACCAGGUUGAUGCGAGAGGAUGCUGCAAGAACUCUGACGGGUUAAUUCGCAAAGAGAUUCCAAUUACGUGGCUCUAAUAGCGCAAAUUCACGCGAUGGUGCGCCGCACGAUCCGAUAAUUAUGUUAUGCAUGCGGAGAGAUAGCAGGAGAUAAAUUUGAUCGAUGAUGGAAUACGACGGGAUAUGCGUUGAUUUAUGUGCAGUUAAAUAGGGAAAUCCGCUGAACGUACACUUUGGAAACAGUAGAACAGCAUUCUACUACGUUCAAAUAUAAUUAUCAAAACAGAAUCGUUAUCAUAAUAUAAUACCGUACGUAUUUUAAUGUAACAAUCAAAAUUUAAUACUAUCAAUCAACAAUUAUUAAUAGCACAAUAAUAUAAAAUUAUGUAGGAAUGACGAAACUCGAGUUUAUCAAUGACACGUUUAAAAUGUUAAUCAACAAUGUCAAUAAAGAUUGAUUAAUAUCAUAAAUCUGUGUCUGAAUUAAACAAAUAUCGCCGUUUCAAAGUUUAUUUGUACAGGACAUAACGGUACGUUGUAACUGAAAUAGUGAAAUCUGUCCUGAUUCCUUAAGUUGCGCUCCCAUUUGCGAGAUUCUUGUCGCAAUAUCGUGCACUUACGCUUUUGAUGUUAUAGUUUCCCGGGCAAAGACGAUCGUUGACCGAGAGAGUAACAGGUGGAGACUACGAGAUUUCGAAAUGACGGAAUUGCGAGUCCAUCGUGAAUUGCAUAACGGUAAAUUAUCAUAAUUUUGCAAUAUAUCGAAUAGCAGCGGAAGUAAUAAAGUAAUGUUACGGGUCGAAAAAGAAGCAGCUUCAAGUGGAAAUUACAUCAAAUCAGUUAAAUUAUAGUUGCAGUAAAGAUUAUCUAUAAACUACAUAAAUUUCACCUUGCAACAUCGAGAAUAAAAUUACAUUUAAUUACAGCACGAAUGCUCCUAAACACAAGCAAGAUCGACUUUAAUCAUACCCUGUCGUUCUAAACAAAUUAGGUUUUCUUCGAUAUAUUUUUAAGUAAAGAUAAUAAAAAAUCGUCCUCGUUAUUUACACAGAUAAGAGGAUUAUUCUGGAAAUAAAAAGGCGACUAAAUCAUCUAAUUAAACGCGUGAAUAAUCGAUGCUAAUCGGGUGAAUGGAGAAAGAGAGAGGUGGUCGCAUCGCGAUGGUAUCGCUGAUAAUUGCUCUAGUGAGUCAGUUGAUCCCAAAAUAAAGCGAAAAGAAUCGAUUUUCUCUAAACCAGGUUUAUAUGACAUACGUGAUAAGUAGAAGUUUAUGAAUAUUACAAACUUUCUAAAUUAGAAUAAAUUAUAUUAUUACAUUGUUAUUAAAGCAAAAUAAUAUCAUUAAUUCUCAAGAUAAGUAAUCACAAAUAAAUAAUUUUUAACAAUAAUAAAAUUGAGCACAUUAUCCAUAAUUCGCUAUUAUCCUCUUAAAAACGAAACAAGGGAUUAUUUAAAAAUGUAUGUGUCACAGCUCUCAAAGCAUUUCCAAAGAUAUAAAAAUUUUACAAAGUAUUCUAUUAUUAUGUUUGAGAGUCUGUGUAAAAUUUGAGCACAAUUCUCUUGUUGACUUAAAGUUUAUUUUUUAUCCUUGAUUCUUAAAUAAAAUCGUAUUUGCAAUAUUAAUUAGUACGAAUUAAGUCAAAUUUUUUACACGUGCUAUCAAAAUUCUAAUAAAUAUUCGUGCACAACAGUUUAUUUGAAUCCACUUACUCGUUCAAAAGUUAUUUAAAAUUGUUUAAAAUUAUUUAAGCAAAUAUAGUCUUUUCUGUUGCAUAAAUCAAAUUUUUCAUUUUUUCUACAGAUGAUUCGAGGGCUAAAAUUUUGGGUAUUUGCGAUCAAAAUUAUUUUGUCGUUGCUUAGAAAAAGAUAUAAACAAGUUUGCGAUUUUUAAAUAAUUUCAAUAACAUUUAGCUAAUAUCGUAGAGCCAAAACAUCCUUGACAAAGCAAUUUUAUCGAUUUGGCGAUCAACAGCAUUUCGUCGACCGAACCAGUUAUAAAAUGUCACAGUCAAAGAGAUGUUUAUCGGAUGUCCACUUCGCCAAGUGGUAGGUGCGCCCAAACAUCCUCGGACGUGCGACCGACGGCGAGGAACGUCUUGGUGGGAGGCAAAACUCUCUCUCUAGAGCUCAGCUGAUCAUUAAAGCUGCUGCUGGCACAGUCAAACUUUCACGCUCGGCAAUACGCGAGCUUCGCGAGCGAGGAGUAGUAUAGUCCGUCGUGGCUUUCAAGGUCCGCGCGCUCUUCCGAGUAGAAUACAAUCGAUUCCGAUUCCGCUCCGGUUCCGGAGCGAGACGGCGAAAAUCGCGACGCGUGCCAUGAUACGACGGCCUAGCUAUGUGAAUCGAAAAAAUCCGCCGACGGAUUGAGAGAAGGAACGAUCGGAACGGAGUGGCGUGAAGGAGAGACCGACCGAAAAGUCGGCCAGGUGCAUCGAGUAUCGCGACGGUGUGGCUCUUGUUACUCAACGCAAACUUGUUCGCCAAUUCAAGUUCUCCUUGCCCCUCGUGGUUUGCAUUGAAAACUCUCCUUGUGCCGUCGAUGUUUGUGGCAAACAUGUAAUUAUUAAAACCGAUAAUUUGAUUAGUUGUGGAUAUUACUCGGACAACUUGACGGUGAAAUUGCGUGGCAGCCGAGCAACGAGUUUUUUUUUUUUGCCGCAGACGCAAAUGGAUUCGACGACGAUGAGUUAUUGCAUGUAGAUAUGUUUUCAGUUGCGUCAGGAGAAAUUAAAAUAUAACUGCGUGCAAGCUUGCAGCUGAAUAAAAUCGAUGAUUAAUGAAGAGAUAACGAAGUAGCCGCACUUCGAGAUCUGGAGGAGGGUACAAUCCAGACGAUUUGUUCAUCCGCAAGAUGUUACACAUGGUAACGAGCCUAAGAAAUCUCUCAAUCUCGAAAAUCUCUUUGUACGAAGACAAAUGAUACUUGACGCGGGUGGCGACAUUGAUCUGUCGACUGUCAGGAUCGGGAUUAUCGUGACGGGCGAUCGUGCAUACGAGCCGUGCGUUAUUAGUGAAAGUACGUGCCCGCGCCUGUACCGUUUGAGGAUCAAGACUAACGGCGCCACAAUAUUCCCGCCAAGAAAUCGCGUGAAGGGGUAAUAAAGAAGGUCAGGAAGGAAAGGACGGAUCGAGAGAUCUUCACCUGGCCGGGGUGGGAGAAGGGGAAGGAUAAUUGUGCAAAAUGAGCGGGCGGUCUCUCGGCGACGUUCGAAUUUCGACACACGGCGACGACGCCGCGAGAAAUCGGUAAAACGACGUUUAAGAAGAAGUCGAGCAUCCUCGGAAGAAAAAGUUGUGUGCGUGCGUGCGUGUGUGUGUGUGUAUGUGUGUGUGUAUGGUGUGUGUGCGCGCGCGCGUGUGUGUGUGUGUGUGUGUGUUUGUCAUUGUUCUCUUUGUCGGCUCACCUCCGAGCGAAUAUCAGAUCGAAGGGGAAGCCCGAGCACUUUGAGCGAGUUUCUCGAGAGAAAGGAAGAAGGCAACGAAAGAGAAAGACCCGCGAAGUAAGAAGCUUCUCAAGAGUUAUCAAGAGCAAAAAGAUUUCAAGGGGAACCGUCGGGAUCGCGGUAAGAACUUUGUAAGAAGCCCCGUGCUCUCUCGCGAGGGACGAGGCGGCGGCGCUUCGCAAGACUGCGCGAGAAGUAUAAAGAGCCGUCUCCGGGAAAACAAAUGGAAAUUUCGCAGAGUAAUACUUCGCGAUGCUUCGCGCUUCGGACUGAAGAUAUUUUUAGUGGAUUACACUCACAGGCAACAAUCUAGAGGAGGGAAGGAAAGGAAACAUCAAAGUCAAAACGUGAAACAAACUGAAAUAAAACGGACGUGAAGAUUCAAUUUCUGUUUGCCCUCUGAGAGCGACGAGACACUUUGUUCGCUAACUCGGUAAAAAAAAAAAAAAAGAAAAAAAGAAAACAGGAGUUAAAAAGGCGAGUCUGAUCCCAUCACCUCGACAAAGUUGUGUCAAUCUUUCCGCGCUGUUUUACGACAGUUGAUGACCGCUAUCGUCGGGUGGAUAUUAAAAAGACAUUGGCAGAAGUUUAAAGAUCGUGAAGCUCCAUUCGUGAAGCUUUUCUAUUAAAAACCUUAUCUCCUUCAUUAAGAACGCUAUCAAUACUUGAUAUCGAGGACUUUGUCUUUUAUGCAAACUCGUUUACAGCAAAUGAGUUCAUUUACACAGCGAAAUAAGUGAGGGAAAUUGCAGUAAAGCCGCUUUGUGCUAUAUGAUCGGCAAUUUCUGUUUCGUUAACCGAGAAAGAAGAGAUCAGAAAAGAUUAUUUACGGUUAAUCUUUCACUCAAGAUCAAAAGAAUCCAUCGCGCCAGAAGGCUAUUGCGAACAAUUCCAGCGUUAAAUUAGAUGAGCAAAAUCAACGGACUGCGCACGAAAAGCAGAAGAGCCAUUUUCGAAGCCAUUUGCUGCUUACUGGAAACGAAUUGAGGAUUGAAAGAGACGCGCGAUUCUUUUGUGGACUCGAAAAAAAAAAGAAGAAGAAGAAAUCUCCCCUUUUCGGCGUCGUGCAUUAGAAUAACAAUGAAUCUUUUAUUCGACUUGACCUUCGUUAUUUAGCCGUUUUGGAAGCAACACGUGAGCUGUAAUUCUCGAACUUUAGCAGUUCCGAUUUACAUCGAGGAAGAGAGACACGGAACGGAGGAUGCGAGGGAUCGCAGUCGUAAGGACGCAGCCAGCAAGCAGCGACCAAACGCAGCGACACGCUCGCAAAACGAUCGCGGGGUGAUCGACGACGGAUCGCAACGGCAACGAUUCAUCGGUUCGCCGCCGCGAACUGGAGCGUAAGGGAUCCGUAUUGCCGCCGAUAUCGCCCCGUUUACCCGACCGGAAACGCUCUCCGUAGAGAAUACGAAUUCGCCGCGGAUCCUUUAGACCGUUUUUCGCUUCGCCGAUGCACGGAAGAAGUUCGUGACGAAAGCGGCGCGCGUUCGAACGUAACGGAGAUCAUUCGUAGUGGAGGAGAAAAGAGGAAAGAAAGGAAAAGACAAAAGAAGAAAACGAUGCCAGGUCGCGAGACGAUUGUUCUCUUUUACUGAGGAUCGUCGAGAUAAUUUCGAUACUCCGCCGUAAAAGCAACACGCAAGAGGAAGAAGAAUCACCGUGCAAGAAUUAUUCGCCAUCGUUAAACAGAUCGAACGAUAUUCUGAGGAUGACGCGCGUCGUGUACCGAUUCGGUCUCCACUACUUCCUCCUGGGGUUCAGCCUGCUGAUCGAACCCCUGCUAGGCUACAACGUCCUGAUGGCCACUAUGGGUGGCACCAAGUCUCAUACGGUGCCUUUUGUAGCCCUUGGCACAAGUCUGAGGUCGCGAGGGCACAACGUUACGCUGCUGAGUGCUUUCCCCGGUCCUGCAGCAAAUAAUGGUCUUCACGAGCUAGUGCCGUCGAUCCUCGAGGCUUACGUCGAGAAUUUCACGGCUGAGUGGGACCUGGUGGGCGCCAGGUUCCGGAACGAGCUUCCGGUAUCACCGUGGGACGCCAUGAGAUAUGCCUGGGAGUCCUGCGAGGCGUUGCUGCAAGACGCGCCGUCGAUAGCCAACAUGAGAAAACCGCCCGGCGACUCGCACGCACGAUGGGACGUCGCGGUGCUCGACGGCGCCUAUCCCGAAUGCAUGCUGGGAAUCCUCCACGGCGAAAACGUGCCGACGAUCAUGUUGAACACGGUGGCACUGUACAGCGGGUCCAUUAUGCGACAGGGCAAUCCAUCACCGUGGUCGGUGACGCCGUAUUUCGGUAGAGCGAUCACGCAGGACAUGACUUUCCUUCAGAGGAUCCUGAACGCGGCGGCGCUGCUCACUCUGAGGAUUAUGCAUUGGUUCACGCUCUCGAUUUAUCUUCAGCCGACUCUGCGGAGAUACCUCGGUAAUCACAUACCGGACGAUCUGCACAGCCUGACGGCGGAGGUCCCCCUGACUUUGCAGAACAGUCAUUACAGCGUGGGCGAUUCCGUGCCCCACUUGUCGAAUGUCGUAAACGUGGCGUGUCUCCAUUGCAGGCCGGCGAUGCAAUUAAGCUCCGACUUAGAAUCCUUCCUACGACGCGGUUUCGUGUUUGUCUCGAUGGGAUCGUCGGUACGGGCUUCCGGGAUGCCAGAGGCGCUACGGCAGAUCUUUGUCGCGGUGUUCUCCACGCUGCCGUACAACGUCGUGUGGAAGUGGGACGGUGGCAAGAUCAAGGAUCUACCGGCGAACGUGAGGACGGCCGCUUGGUGGCCGCAGCAGGAGCUGCUCGGCCAUCCCAAGCUGCGUGCCUUCGUUUCCCACGGCGGCCUGUUGUCUCUGCACGAGGCGGCUUAUCACGGCGCGCCGACCCUGAUCCUGCCGGUCUUCUGCGAUCACGAUGGCAACGCGGCGCAAGCCGAUAAACUCGGUUACGCUCUGGUGAUGGAUCUGGCCGGCGUGUCUAUCAGCGCGCUUCGCGAGGGUAUAAUUAAAGUCGCCGCGCUUCACAAUAACUCGUACAGAGAGGCGGCCAAGAAGAGGAGCGGGUUACUACGUGACCUUCCGAUCAGUCCAAGAGAAUUGGCCACGUGGUGGGUAGAGCACGUUGCCAAGCAUGGCGGAGCCGAUCAUUUGAAGAGCUCAAUCAGGUACAUGAGCGUGUUCCAUUACUACAGCAUCGACGUCGCGGUGUUUUAUAUACUGAGCUUAAUCCUGAUAAUUUACGGGCUCAAAAAAUUGUGCUGGCGAGUGGUAAUCAAUCAGAAUGCCUUCAAGAAGAAAGUAGAUUAAUCGACAAGUUCGUGCGUGGAGUCCUCUACCAAAUUUAUUUUAUUUAUUGUAACGCAUAUAUAUAGUAAUCUCUUAAUAAUACAUAAGUAUAUUUAAUUGGACAAUUGGGACAAAAUGGGGAUUAAGUUGAAGGACGAUUUCUUCGGCUUAUUACAGAUCUCUAAUAUAUCUCUAUUUAAUUAUAAGUAAUUUGUAAUUAUACUUUAAUUAUAGCUGUUACGCUAUCGAUGUAAUUACGAUUUAUGAUAAAUUCGUUUAACUUGUACAUUACCUCUGUAACGUAUCUAUAUAUGACAAAUUAUUAUUAAAAAAUUCAAAUAUAUGAAAUAAAAGAAACUUUUACGAA